AUGACUAUUAAGAAGAAUCCUCACAUCAAUGCAAUUACAUAUUUGAAAAAUAAACCAAAUUCGCAAUAUGCGUUUCAUCUAUUAGAAGAUAUUAAUAAUUCAGUAGCAUUAUUGAUGGACGAAAAUGGACUCAAGGUCUCCGUCUUAGCUGAAUUUUAUCCCAAACAAAAAAAUCUACUGGGAUUAAACCUUAACCAUGGGUACAAGAUCAUGCUACGAUUGCGACAACCAUAUGAUGAUUCCCAGUUUUUAUCCAGAGACGAAAUUAUAAAUACUAUGAUUCACGAACUGACACAUAACAAAAUCGGCCCACAUAAUGCUGCUUUCAAGAAAUUGAUGAACGAAUUGUGUGGUAGACAAUAUAUCAUUGAAACUUUGGGUUUAACUUAUAACUUUCUUGGUGUGGGAAAACGGCUUGGUGGCAAAAAUAUCGGUGGUAAAUAUAAUAUACGGCAACAAAGAAUACAUUCUUUGCAAAACGGAUUAAUAAAUAUAAGCAAAAAUGAUACUAAUACUACCCUUACUUUCACUUCUACUUCUAUUCCUAAUAAUAAUAGUAGUGAUUGUUUGCAAAAAUUAGGAUCUUUAAAUGGAAUUAGAAAACAGAGGUUAACACCAAAAGAAAUGACUGCUAAAGCUGCUAUUGAAAGAUUGCAAAAACAAUCAGGUCAAAGAUCGUUACCUUUUGAAUAUAGUGAAAAGAAUAAUACAGACGACAAUGUAAAUAUACAGGAAAUUUUGUCCCAGCAUGAUUUAAUGGAAAGCCAGGUUGAAGAAAUUAUUAUUAUAGACUCAGAUAUUUCUACAGAUGACGAUGAUGAAGGAGAAGAACAUAGUACUUUUCUUCAUAGUUCCAGUAGUACACGGGCUAAAGAAGAACCUAUUAUAGACUUUAUAGACUUAACCUAG